CCGCUCCAGAAUCUGACCGGCGGAGAAAGCGGAGACAGAGACCGCGGGGCGUCCUCGGGGAGCGGGUAGCCGGCUUUUAGGAACUCGUACACUUGUGCUACAUCCGCCUGUCGCCGUUUCGCCUCUCUGCCGUUCGCCUGCAGCCGUCAGAAAUGAUUAAAAACGGCCACCACGCGAGCAGCGACCGGCGGGGGGACGCCGGGAGCGAGCCGGCUGCCUCCGCCUGCAGCCCGGAGAAGAGGAAGCGGGUGGUGCGGCUGUGGUGUGACGGCUGUUAUGACAUGGUGCAUUACGGUCACUCCAACCAGCUGCGGCAGGCUAAAGCCAUGGGAGAUUUCCUCAUAGUGGGAGUGCAUACCGAUGCGGAGAUUUCCAAACACAAGGGCCCGCCGGUCUUCACUCAGGCAGAACGCUACAAAAUGGUGCGAGCCAUCAAGUGGGUGGACGAGAUCGUGGAGGGAGCGCCGUACGUCACCACGCUGGAGACGCUGGACAAAUACAACUGUGACUUCUGUGUGCACGGAGACGACAUCACGUUAACGGUAGACGGCAAGGACACGUACGCGGAGGUGAAGCGUGAAGGCCGUUAUCGGGAGUGUAAGCGCACUCAGGGGGUUUCCACCACCGACCUGGUGGGACGCAUGCUGCUAAUGACCAAAGCCCACCACAGCAACAUGGAUAACCCAGAUUACCAGCAGCAUACCGACAACUUUGGGAAGGGUCCUAAAGGUCACAGCCCGUGGACGGGAGUGUCCCAGUUCCUGCAGACGUCCCAGAAGAUCAUCCAGUUCGCCUCAGGAAAGGAGCCUCAGCCCGGGGACACCAUCAUCUACGUGGCUGGAGCCUUUGACCUCUUUCACAUCGGCCAUGUUGACUUUUUAGAGAUGGUUUACAAACAGGCAGAGAGGCCGUACGUCAUCGUCGGCCUGCACUUUGACCAGGAGGUGAAUCGGUACAAAGGGAAGAACUACCCCAUAAUGAACAUCCAUGAGAGGACCCUGAGUGUGCUGGCCUGUCGGUACGUGUCUGAGGUGGUGAUCGGUGCUCCGUAUGCAGUGGGGAAGGACUUGUUGGAUCAUUUUAAGGUGGACCUGGUGUGUCACGGCAAGACGGAGGUGUUUCCCGAUAAGGACGGCUCAGACCCGUACGCCGAGCCGAGGAAGCGAGGCAUAUUCCGGAUCAUCAACAGCGGGAACAAUCUGACCACUGAUGACAUUGUCCAGAGGAUCAUUGAGAACAGGCUGCAGUUUGAAGCCAGGAACCAGAAGAAAGAGGCCAAGGAGAUGGCGGUGAUCGAGGCGAUGAAGAGGAGGGAGCAGCAGGAGCAGAGCGGAGCGGCGGCUCAGUAGCGGGCCUCGCCGGUUCCCAAGGUGCACCGAGCUCUGAGACGGCGGAGGGACGGCACGGAGGGUCCGGGCCGGCCGGUCCCCGAGGAGCCGCCGGAUCCCUCGCUUUGGAUAACCUAUGAGGCGGCCUGCGCCUGUCUGUACGAACGUCUCCAUCCUGACGGGGCUGAGAGAACAUCUCCCCUCAAACAAUCCCCAGAUCUGCAAAAUCCCUUUACCUCCUCUCAGAGAACAGUUUUAUCUUUCCUGUCAUGUUAGUUGUUUUUUUUGUCCAUGAAUUCUCUCACUGUUCGUCUUUAUAAUAAUCUACAAACAUUUAUAAAUGUGUGAUCGUUCAUAACUUAUUGACAAAAGUAUUAAGUGUCAGUUAUGUUCAUAGAUUUUUAGCCAGUUUGAUUUUAUGAAUCCAUCUUAAAAGUGUCUUCAGUCGAUAUAAUGGGAUAUGCUUUAAAGCUCAUCACUCACUGGAAGUUUUGGUCACUUUGUUUCCGUCCUGAAAGGAACUCAACACCUCUGAACGAGAUUAAUCAUUCACAACUGUUUAUGACAACUACCUGAGUUAGGUGUAUGUGUGUGUGGGUGUGUGUAUGUGUGUGUGCACGUCGUAAACGACAGUAGUGCCUCAUUUUAAAGCUAUAACUAAUGAAAGGGCUGUGGUUUUUAUUAGAAUGAACUGAUUCCUCUCAGUGGGGGUAAACUCAUCCUGUUCUCCUUCCUUCAGUCUGAGAACCUGUUUGUUCUUUUUUAUGAGACAAUCUAGGAAGUGAAAGAUUUGAUCCUCAACUCACUGCAGAGAGUCUGUUUUCUUGUUUUUGCAGCAGGGGAAUGUGGAGCUGUUGAUGGUGGGACUGUGUGUGUUUGUGGGUUUUUUUUGUUUGUUUGUUUUUUUAGAUUAAGCAAUGUAAGUUUUCACAACCUUUCAGUAACUCUUUACCACUGUGUGAACGUGGCUUUAUUAAAUAGUUGAAACGCUUGA